UGAUUAAUAAAAUACAAGAAAGAAACGUAAUAAAAAUACGUCGUGAAAACAAAGAGAUUUGACGGCCAAGUGCAAAUUUUAAAAUAGAAAUCAUUUUUCCCCCAGUCUUGUGAAAAUAAAGUGCGUGCGCAGUCACGUAAAGUGAGACAGUUGAUUGAGCCUAAGAUAAGUAGAAGUGAGACAACGCGAGUUCUCAGUUAUCGAGUUGUUAGGUUAGACUGUGACAAAACAAAGAUGUUGAGUGGGAAUUCGCAAAUAUUCUAAUGUCAAAUUAGUAACUCAGCUGUUGAGGGUGAUUGACUUUUCAUUUUGAUCAAAACUGUGAAUUUCCCGUCAUUAUUCUCCCUCGAAAGCGUCAAACAACCCCCACACAAACACAAUGAGCGAAUUAUCGCAGGAAGAGAUGCGUCGACGGCGCUUAGCCCGACUUGCAGUGUUGGAUAACGUCUCGCCCUCCAAUUCGGUUUCGCCCCCCGUCACCCCCAUAUCACAAUCGCCGAGCAAUGCGGUCCAACAAAGCCCCCCGACCACCCCCAUCGAGCCCUACGGCGAGAAACGCAACGAUAAGGAAUUCGAGGGGGUGUUCCAAGUGCCCAGUAAGCCCAUUGACAUGCCCUCGAGCUCGAAAAGUCGGAGGAUGCCGCCCCAGAGAAGCGACUCGGAGACGAGUUCCAUACACAUGGAAGUGGACGAGGCAAGCGGGUGCGCCGAUAAGGCGGGGGCUAACACGGACAUCGACUCGGGCUUCGAAAAUAUGGAGGUGGACGAGACCGACGUCCAGAAGAAAGACGCUCCUCGUCAACGAACAUCAUCUUCGGUGACGGAAAUCACUGAAGAGCAAGUUUUAGCGACAGUUCUUCGUAUCCUUCAUUCCACACUCGAGCAACCAUCUGAAAGUUGCAUUUAUCUUCCUCAAACCGGCAUUGAUAUAAAAACCCAUCCUCAAACCUCAAUCCGUGAUAUAAUCUCAAAUGCAGUGAUGGAAAUUGUCGUACAAAUCUCACAAGGCAAUAACCCUUUUAAAGACUUGGUCCAAAUCAAUGAUACUGCAGAUACAAGUAGUAUAAAUUCGUUGAGUCCUUCCCCCAGUCCAAGUCACACCUCUUGUCCAAUACCGACAUUACCAAUCAAACGUGUGGAAGUGUCCGAGACGCCGCUUAAUCUAGCAUUGAAUUAUUUAAUGGAUUGUUAUAAUCGUGUCAGCGUUGAGGAACGAAACCAUCCGAAGCGGUCGAGUAUUCCCCCGUUGAGUGAUAUUUUGACGGAAAUUCGGGCCCAAUUGGUGCACUAUACCACGCUACUACUUCAAGGCUAUAUUAUACCCAAUGACGAGUUGUAUAAAUUCGGGCGUUCGCCACUUUUAUCCCCCAUUUUACAGCAAACUCUCCCAAGGGGUUUUCUCACCGAAUUGGUGACACGAACACACACAAACUCUGCAUUAUUCUCAUCGGUUUUCUCGCCACUACUUCAGGGACUUUACCGAAUGAUGCAGAAUGCGAGUAUAGUAGGCGAGGAGCAUCGUAUGCCCAUUCAAACUUUAUUUGAAUUGGCUGAUAUACGAUGUGGUAGUCGCCCCAUCUGUACACUAAUCACCAAACAAGUGCAAUUCAUGUUGGAACCGUGUACGCCGGCGCAAGGUCGUGAAAUUGUCCGAACAUCGUUUCUUGGACCGUUUCUAUCCGUGUCGGUGUUUGCCGAAGAUGAACCGAAAGUUGCCGAGAAAUUUUUCUCGGGGAAUUCCUCCAGCGAUAAAAGUUUAAAUCAUACACUUCAAUUAGAAUUGGAAAAUACCAGGAAUUUACAACAUAGAAUUUUUCAUUAUUUAUUAGCGAAUCCUGAAAGUCGUGAUGGAUGUUUGAAUUAUCUAGCAAAAGUGUUGAAAUAUAACGAGAAACGAGCACAAUUGCAAAUGGAGGAGAGGUCAUUGGCCGGUGAUGGAUUUAUGUUGAAUUUGUUAAGUGUUUUGCAAAUGUUAUCGAUGAAGAUUAAGUUGGAUAAGAUGGAUUUUUUGUAUCCAUUUCAUUCCGAGAGUUUGAUUUGUAUUAAAAAUGACACGAGGUUGAAGUAUACGUCGCAAGAUGUCGCCACGUGGCUGGAGAGUUUGGAAAAAGUCCAAUUCCAAACACCCAACUUUUCGACCAUUUGCUGGUUCUUGACACUCCACUGCCAUCAUCUCGCCCUCCUCCCCGCACUCCAGAAAUACCAACGUCGCAUUCGCGCCAUUCGUGAUCUACAAAAACUCCUCGACGAAACGGUGGCUGCGGAAGCCCAAUGGCGUAACACACCAUUCGCCAAUCGUAACAAACAAUUUAUUAAACGAUGGAAACAACAAUUGAAAAAAUUAAACAAAUCAAAAGCAUGCGCUGAUGCCGGACUACUAGAUAAGAAUCUAAUGAGACGUGCUUUGAUAUUUUACACUUCAGUUGCUCAAUAUUUGUUGAGUUUGAUGACAAAUACACCACCGGGAAGUCCCGGGCCGAGUCUACCACUGCCACCGAACGUACCCGAAGCAUUUUCGGCAUUACCCGAAUGGUAUGUUGAGGAUAUAGCCGAGUUUCUUUUAUUUGCCUUACCAUAUUUCCCAACUGUCAUUACGGAAAACAUGGAAGAUUCACUAAUCACGUGGUUAUUAGUGACUAUCUGUUCAUCUAAUAUGAUAAAAAAUCCCUAUUUGGUGGCGAAACUGGUCGAAGUCGUUUUUAUUAUAAUACCAACGUUUCAACCCCGUUGCGAAAUGUUAUAUGAUAGGUUUAUGUCGCAUGAAAUAUCACGAACUGUAUUACCAAGUGCGUUAAUGAAGUUUUACACUGAUGUUGAAACGACCGGUUCGAGUUCUGAAUUUUACGACAAAUUUUCAAUUCGUUAUCACAUCAGUUUGAUAAUUAAAGGUAUGUGGAAUUCGGCGAUACAUCGUCAAACACUUGUCAACGAAUCAAAAUCGGGGAAACAAUUCGUCAAAUUCGUCAAUAUGUUGAUGAACGACACGACUUUCCUAUUGGAUGAAAGUCUAGAAAGUUUGAAACGUAUCCAUGAAGUGCAAGAGUUGAUAAGUGACGAAGAGAAAUGGUCGAAAAUGAAUUCAGAACAACAACAGAGUCGAAUGAGACAAUUGACAGCCGAUGAAAGACAAUGUCGAUCCUAUUUGACUUUAGCUCGUGAAACUGUCGAUAUGUUUCACUAUUUAACAGUUGAUAUUAAAGAGCCGUUUUUGCGACCGGAACUUGUCGAUAGAUUAGCAUCAAUGCUUAAUUUUAAUUUGCAACAAUUGUGUGGACCGAAAUGUAAAAAUUUAAAAGUGAGAAAUCCGGACAAGUACGGAUGGGAACCUCGUCGUUUAUUGAGUCAAUUGGUUGACAUUUAUUUGCAUUUGGAUUGUGAGCAAUUUGCUGCUGCGUUGGCUGGUGAUGAGAGAUCUUUCCGGAAAGAAUUGUUUAAUGAUGCAGCGGCACGACUAGAACGGUUAUCGAUCAAGACUCCGGUUGAAAUUGAGCGGUUUAAAGCUUUGGCUGAUAAGGCGUUUCACGUGUAUCAGAAUAAUCAGAAAAGUGAUGAUUGGAUGAGUGAUGCUCCUGACGAGUUCAAGGAUCCCUUGAUGGAUACUUUGAUGACUGAUCCUGUGUUGUUACCCAGUGGGCAAGUCAUGGAUAGGUCGGUGAUAAUGAGACAUUUGUUGAAUAGUAGUACUGAUCCGUUUAAUCGACAACCGUUGACUGAAGAUAUGUUGCAACCAGUGAAUGAGUUGAAGGAAAGAAUUAGGAUAUGGAAAUCAGAAAAGACACGUUCGGCAAAUUAAUUUUUAUUAUUUUUUGGUAUAAAUAUAAUUUUUGGAUUAAAUUGAGUUUAUUUUCGACCGGAAGGAAGGAAGACUGAAAGAAUCUCGUUUCGUUCUGCAUUUGUUCCUUAAAUUCAUACUGCCAAAUUGCUUUUUUUUUUGUUCAGUAACUUACUUUUGACUUUCCCCCAAUCCGGUGGAUUAUUUUUGUAUAUAAUUAUACAAAACGCAAAGUGAGAUGUACAUUUUUUUCAUCUAAUCGAAUUAAUUGUUAGUGCAAACAAAUUUGAUUGUUUCUUUUUUCUAGAUAAUUUUAGGUUAAAGCUUGUAGACACCGAAAUAAUCAAAUUUAUUUGUAAUGAGAAACAAAGCAAAAAUUUUUUAUAUGAAAAAACUUAGAUUAGUUUGUAUGUAAUGGGUCAAUAAAAUUUUAUUUAAAAAA